UUUCCUCGACUGUCAUCAUUGGGCCACACCAGAUGAGUCACAGUCAGGGAAGAAGAAGGACAUGGUUCCAAAAAGAAAAGGAGAAGGAGUCACAGUCAGAGACACCCUUUCAUCUUCUUGAUCUUCAGCGUAAUACCAUCCUCAUUACAUCUACAACCAAGAUUAGAAACAAUGAAGCUAACAAAGAGAAUUUGAGUAAGAAGAGUCGAGAUGAAAAGGUCAAGAUGAUGACAUACCGGAACAUACAAGAUCUAAGAGAUGUAGGAAUAAAUUUUAAGUCAAGCAAGACGAGAAGGCCAAGAGACAUAGAUUUCUCUGAAGGAUUGUUCACUGCAGAACUGACUCUUCCUGAGAUUGUUGUGGACGACUCAUCAGCCACUACAUUCCUCAACCUGAUAGCAUAUGAGAUGUGUCCAGAUUUUCAUAACGACUACGGGAUUUGUUCUUUUGCAGCGUUCAUGGACUCGCUUAUCGACAAUCCUGAAGAUGUGAAGUUACUGAGAUCAAAAGAGAUUUUGCUCAAUUCCCUUGGGAGUGAUGAGGAAGUUGCUGAACUUUUCAAUAUCAUAAGUACUGACUUGGUACCUAAUGCAGACACAUAUUUAGAGGUUAGAGCCAAAAUACAUGAUCAUUACCGUAAUAGAUGCAAUACAUGGAUAGCGCAGGGUUUUCGCACUUACUUCAGCAGUCCUUGGGCCAUUAUUGCAUUCAUUGCUGCUCUCAUCGCGCUUGUUCUUACUUUCAUUCAGACAUGGUUUACGGUUAACCCGCCAAGCAAAUAAAGGUGGUUCGUUGUGAUAAUGUUGUUUUCGUUAUGACACUCAUCACUUGUCUGUGGAUUUUUAAUACGUUGAGUUUUUUUAAUGAAUAAAUUUUCUGUGAAAUUUUCGUGUACGUCUUAACUUGAGUAUUUCAAAAAUAAAGAGUGCUUUUAUAUUUCUGCUAGGUGUUUGAAUUGAAACAUGAAUAA